AUGAGAAGGAUCACUGAGCAGGGGGACCGGAUCUUGUUUCUGUUACUGGCCUCUUUGUUCUAUCGGGUAUUUUCCGAACACAUCACCUACUCGAUUCCAGAGGAGAUGGCGAAAGGAUCGGUCGUGGGGCAUCUAGCUAAGGAUCUGGGGCUGGAGGUCCGUGACUUGCCGGCUCGGAAGCUGCGGGUGAGUGCAGAGAGGGAAUACUUUAGAGUAAGUGAAGAGAACGGGGACUUACUGGUCAGCAACAGAAUAGACAGGGAAGAGAUCUGCGGGAGGAAACUAGUGUGUACUCUGGAAUUUGAAAUGGUGGCUGAAAAUCCUUUGAACUUUUUCCGUAUAACUAUCGUGAUCGAUGAUAUUAACGACAAUCCUCCGCGAUUCAGUAGAAAUAUAAUUGACUUGGAAAUCAGCGAGAUAGCGCUGCCUGGGGUAACGUUUGCACUGGAAACUCCUCAGGACCCAGAUGUAGGUGUGAAUUCACUACUGCAGUAUUUUCUAAGUCCGGAUUCCCAUUUCUCCUUACUGCCAAAGGAAAAUCCGGAUGGCAGCAAAUAUGCAGAAUUAGUAUUGGAAAAAUCACUGGACAGGGAAAAGCAGAGCUCCUAUCACUUGGUUCUGACGUCUGUAGACAGCGGAGUCCCGGUUCGAAGUAGUACAGUAGAAAUUAGGAUCAACGUCACUGACGUCAAUGAUAACUGGCCAGUCUUCAGCCAGGAUGUCUACAGAAUCAGUUUGAGGGAGAACCUGCCCCCUGGGUCCUCUGUGCUUCAAGUGACAGCUACGGACCAAGAUGAAGGAAACAAUGCGGAAAUCACUUACUCUAUCAGCACAGUGGAGACACCGAAACACCUGUUCAGAUUGGAUGCUAAAAGUGGAAAAAUAUCAACUGAAGAAGUACUCGAUUUUGAAAAAGGAGAAGGUUACACUAUUGGAGUAGAAGCAAAAGAUGGAGGAGGUCAUACUGCUCACUGUAAAAUUCAAAUAGAAAUUCUAGAUGAGAAUGACAAUGCCCCCGAGGUGACCUUUGCUUCAGUAUCCAAUCAUAUACCUGAAAACUCCAUGCCUGGAACCGUUGUAGCCCUGAUCAAAACACUUGAUCCAGAUUCAGGGAUAAAUGGUGAAGUACUCUGUCGUGUAAAAGAUAACGUCCCAUUUAAAAUAUCCUCUUCUAGCAACAACUUGUAUAAACUAGUUACGGAUGGUUCCUUGGACCGUGAAGAGAUCCCAGAGUAUAACAUUACUCUAAUCGCCACAGACAAGGGAAACCCACCCCUGUCCACCAGCAAAAUUCUCACCUUGCAAAUUACAGACGUCAAUGACAAUCCCCCAGUUUUCCUCCAACCUUCUUAUGUAGUUUACGUCCCCGAGAAUAACCCCUCCGGAGUAUCUAUCGCGUGUGUCUCAGCCACUGACUUAGACCUAGAGGAAAACGGCAGAGUGUUGUAUUCCAUCGUCAACAGCGACCUGGAACCUCAACAGUUAUCAUCUUACGUUUCUGUCAAUAAUCACAAUGGGCAUAUUUUUGCUCAGCGCUCUUUCGAUUAUGAGCAAGUCCAUACCUUCGAGUUAACUUUACAAGCCCAGGAUGCUGGCUCUCCAGCUCUCAAUGCCAACGUCACUGUACGGGUGUUCAUCGUGGACAGGAAUGACAAUGCCCCAAAUAUCCUUUACCCUGUUCUGGGACCAGACAGAUCGGCCCUCUUCGACAUGGUCCCUCGCUCUGCUGAGCCCGGUUAUCUAGUGACCAAAAUAGUGGCCGUGGACGCAGACUCGGGACACAACGCUUGGCUGGCUUACCGCGUUAUACAGGCCACAGAUCCUGGACUCUUCAGCCUAGGUCUGCGCACAGGCGAAAUCAGGAGUGCGAGGGCUUUGACUGACCGAGAGUCUGUCCGGCACCGCCUUCUGGUCUCUGUGCAGGAUGCUGGCCAGCCUCCUCUGUCGGCCACUGUGGCUCUGCACUUGGUCUUUGCAGAUAACCUACAAGAGGCGCUGCCGGAAAUGAAGGAAGAAAACAAGAUUGCCUUAGACUCUCAGUCUGAGCUACAGUUUUACUUGGUAAUAGCUUUAGCGCUCAUCUCCGUGUUAUUCCUCAUCACGUGUGAGACUCUGGGCGCCGCUGUUCACCAAUCAAGGAGAGAAGCAUAUCCAAAGAUCCAGCAGGACUAUCUAUCCCCGCCUUUCAUCUUCUAA